GUCUAUGGUGCUGAUCAACUGGGUCUACUUUAGAGGGCAGUGGCUAAAACCUUUUGAAAAGCGACUGACUACAAAGGAUGACUUUUAUGUAGACCAAAACACCAAAGUUAAGGUUGACAUGAUGAGGACGACUGAAUUCUUUGAUUCCUAUCAUGACUACGUCAACCAUGCAGUUAUCCUCCAGCUGCCCUAUAAAGGCAGCACCUCCAUGAUGCUUGUCCUGCCUGAUGAGGGAAUGGCUGAUGUUGUGGAAAGUAGAAUCAAGGACUCUGUCAUGAAAUGGCAAACCGCUCUUUCUCAAAGACGCAUUGAUCUUUCCAUGCCAAAGUUUUCAAUCUCUGCCGAAGCCUCUCUAGAAGAUAUUCUAAAGGAAAUGGGAAUAACUAGAGCUUUUGAAAACUCUGCUGACUUCUCUGGCAUAUCUGAAGAGGUCAAGCUUGUAGUGUCAAAGGUCUCCCACAAGGCUGUGCUGAGUGUGGAUGAAAACGGCACGGAGGCAGCAGCUGCCACCACCAUUGAAAUCAUGGCCAUGAGCUCGCUUGAGGGCUUGACCGAAACUGUAAAAAUCAACAGACCCUUCUUUGUCUUCAUCGUGGAGCUCUCGACCAGGAGCUUUAUUUUCAUGGGCAGGAUCAACAACCCCACACUGUCGUAAAGCUACUCAGGAGUGUGCAGCAGUCAUUUCCCCUGCACUUUUUGCAGCUAUGACCUCGUUUCACUUGACCAUCGUCACAGAAUGACUUCACUCAAAUUGAGAUGGACCCAUUUUUGUGGAAUUGGACAUGACAUUCUGUCUGAAUUGAUGAAACUUGUAGCUUGUUCUCGACAGUUUAGGCCUGACACUGCUGUUUGCACAAACUUGUACUUUUAUUUUUAUAAAUAAGCUUGAUGUAAUCUAAAAUAAAA